AUGUGGCUAUACCUAGUGUCCCUGGUGGGCCUAUAUCACCUUUUGUGUUGGUACUGGGAGAGGCAGGUGGUCGACCAGCUGCAGGACAAGUACGUCUUCAUCACGGGCUGUGAUUCAGGCUUUGGAAACCUGCUGGCUAGGCAGCUGGACCAGAAGGGCUUGAGAGUACUGGCUGCAUGUCUGACUGAGAAUGGAGCUGAGAAGUUGAGGGCGCAGACUUCAGACAGGCUGGACACAGUGAUCCUGGACGUCACAAAGACGGAGAGCAUCGCUGCUGCCACCCGGUGGGUGAAGGAUCACACAGGAGACAGAGGACUUUGGGGACUGGUGAACAAUGCUGGCAUCUUAGGGGUCUUCGGUCCCAAUGAGUGGCAGACCAGACAGGAUUUCAUGAAGGUACUGGACGUGAACCUGCUGGGGGUGAUUGAUGUGACUCUGAGUCUGCUGCCCCUGCUGAGGAAAGCCCAGGGCCGUGUGGUCAAUGUCUCCAGCGUAGCUGGACGCUUGGCCUUUGGUGCUGGUGGCUACAGCAUCUCCAAGUUUGGCAUUGAGUCCUUCUCUGACUCCCUCAGGAGAGAACUCUCCUUCUUUGGAGUGAAGGUGGCUGUGAUUGAGCCUGGUGCUUUCAAGACUGAAAUAAGCCAUAGUAUGACUAUUUCUCAGAACCUCCAAAUUGCAUGGAAUAAAGCCAGCCCAGAGGUCAAGGAGAUCUAUGGAGACAAGUUUCUGACAGACAGUAAGUUGAUACAAAGUCUUCAAUUAUACAAGGCAAAGUUGGAUCUGAAAUUGGUGACAGACUGCAUGGAACAUGCCCUUAUCUCCUGUCACCCUCGCACACGAUAUUCAGCUGGCUGGGAUGCCAAAUUUAUCUACAUUCCCCUGAGCUACAUGCCCACCUUUCUGGUGGAUGCCUUCUUAAAAUGGAACUCGGCAAGGCCUGCCAAGGCAAUGUGA